CGCCGCUGUGUCGUCACUUCCUGCAGGUAUUUUCCAACAUGGAGUCAAGCGGCUUGAAGUUGAGUUUCUGGGAGGACGGACCAAAGCCCGGACAGUUCUACUCACUUCCCGGUACCGGACCGGCCACGUCAUGCGGGCCCAUCACACACACACUGAACCCGAUGGUCACCGGGACGUCGGUGCUCGGCGUGAAGUUCACUGGGGGCGUCAUCAUCGCGGCAGACAUGUUGGGCUCCUACGGCUCCCUGGCUCGCUUCAGGAACAUCUCCCGCCUCAUGAAGGUGAACAACAACACGAUCCUAGGAGCUUCAGGAGAUUACGCUGACUACCAGCAUCUCAAACACAUCAUUGAGCAGAUGGUCAUCGACGAGGAGCUGCUGGGUGACGGUCACAGCUACAGUCCCAAGGCCGUCCACUCCUGGCUGACCAGAGUCAUGUACAACCGCCGCAGCAAGAUGAACCCUCUGUGGAACACCGUGGUGAUCGGAGGCUUCUACAGCGGGAAGAGUUUCCUGGGUUACGUGGACAAGCUGGGCGUGGCCUAUGAGGCACCCACAGUGGCCACGGGCUUCGGCGCAUACUUGGCUCAGCCCCUGAUGAGGGAAGUGGUGGAGAACAAGGUGGAGAUCACAAAGCAGGAGGCCCGUGAGCUGGUGGAGCGCUGCCUCAAGGUUCUCUACUACAGAGAUGCUCGCUCCUACAACCGGCACGAGAUUGCCAUAGUGACGGAAGAAGGCGUGGAGAUUGUUGGUCCCCUGUCCUCUGAAACCAACUGGGACAUCGCUCACAUGGUCAGCGGGUUUGAAUGAAGAAAAGCUGCGACUGAAGUCUUUCAGCGUCUAAAACAGCUGCAGCCGAUCUGUUUUUUCUUUCUGAUGUUCACUGUAACUUUUGUAUAAUGGAGAAUAAAUGUGGCAAAUUCAAAAA